AUGCUUCUGCUUUUGUGGCAGAAGGUGGCCUGGGACGAAUGCUUUCUGAUCUCUAUCUAUUCUUUUGUUGACCCUUCACCGGCGGAGGCGACCACGUGCAGCAAGCUCUGCUACGCCUUGAAGUUGGAAGGAGAUGAGCUCAAGUGGUGCAAGCACAGGUGUACUGCGAAGUUUGGCAGCCAGCUGAAGCCGGGAUUAGACCACUACUGCAAGGAGUGCAAGCACUUCUGCGAAGACCCCCCGGCGACGACCACCACCACGACCACCACCACCACAGAGAUUACUGAGUGCCCUUUCUCCACCACCACCAAGGAUGACGGAGAUGACGGCAGUCGGAGGCGCCGCAAGGAUGACGACGGGUAUGAUGGCCGGAGGCGCAAGGAUGACGGGUAUGAUGGCAGUCGGAGGCGACGCAAGGACGGGGACGACUGA